AGUGGGCAGGGAACGAGUCAAAACAGCUGAGAAGCUGUUCGCUUGACUUCUCACGCUUGCAUGAUGAUGACGAGGAUGGCCAAGUUGCUCCUUCUUACUGUGUUCAUCAUGGUGAAGUGUACAGUUACUCAGCCUGUCAUCACAGUGGAUAAUGUGUCUGUAAAAGAGGGAAAGUCUAUCAUCAUUCCUUGUUUAUAUGGUGCUAAAUUUAUUGAUGAUAAAAAGUACCUGUGUGUUGGAAAUAUAUGGACUUUCUGCAAAGAUGUUCAGAAAAUUAACCAGAGAACCACCAUCUCAGAUGACAAAGCCCAGCAUAUACUUACUGUGACUAUGAAGAAUGUCACAUCUACUGAUACAGCUCGUUACUGGUGCUCUGUUGAAAUCCUUGGAAAUGAUGUAAACAAAAUGUUUCAGCUAAAAGUUACAAAAGCUACUCCUGUGCUGUAUGUGGAUAAUCAGAUGGUAACUGGAUAUGAGGGUGGCCAUGUGGUGAUUUUCUGCCAUCAUCAAAUGAUGAAUCAAAAGGAAUGGUGUAAGCUUGGUGGUACAUGUGUGAGCACUGUUGGAAACAUGAGCGGUGCUCUGGUUCAGCUCACCAGUAUGGCUGGGGGUUUUAGCGUGACAAUGAGCAAGCUGACGAUGGACCAUACAGGAUGGUACUGGUGCUCAGGAGGAGACAAUCAGAUGCCUGUUCACAUCACUGUGAAGACUCCUGCAAACAGCUGGGAGAGAAGGUCAUUAGCGUGGCUGGUAGUUUUGGGAUUGCUGCUUGCAUUAGCUUGUAUAGCUGUGAUUGCGAUCUGGCAAAAGAAAAAACAAUGUGAAACAUUCCCAUUGCGCAAGAGGUCUGAAAAUACAUACGUAAGCAUGAAAAAUCCAAAACAGCAAACAAAUCAACAUGAAAAUGAACAAUCUGAAGCCCAGGAAUAUGAAACUAUGUCCAGUCCUGUAACACUAGAGGUUGAAGGGAGAAGCUCUGAAGGAAAUGAAUCUUCAAAGAAAGAUGGAGGCCACCAUACACAAAAAUGCGGCUUUGGGCUCAAAGAACCUUACUGCACCUUCUUAAAGCCAUUUGCUUCAAAUGAAAAAUUGUAAUAAAUCAUUCCUGUCCAAUUUCCACAAAUAAUUUGUAGUACAGUACAGUGCAGCUGUCUGUUAUCAGGUUCACCAAAAUGUGUGAAAUUUUCAAAUUCCUUCACCAGAAUAUAAACACUCAAUACUGGAUGAAUGUUUUAUAAUGCACAAAAACCUGGCCUUCCUUCAAAGCACUGCUGCUUCAUAACUAAUUUAAAACGUUUUUAUCUUACUCUUAUAGGCAAGGGCUUCUGUGUUUGGUGUGUAAAACAUCUCUAAAAAAAACAGCAUGUUGUUCUUUAAUACUGCAUGUGAUGACUCAUUUUUCUGCACGAUUGUGCAGGGCAAGAAAGCACUGAGCUUCAUUCCUGCGGCAUUUUUUGUUGAUGUUGUUUGGUUUUUUUUGUGCGCCUGGCCAUCAAGAGGGGCUUGUGAUAUUUCAAUAGAUUAAAACUGAUAACUUACACAAUUGUUUGGUAUUUAUAGGUGCAAUUUUGCAAUCUAGCAGUAGUCUAUGCUCUUUUUAAUGUUACAAUAUCCACAAGUUCUUUGUACUUUUUUUAUGUUUUCUAUGUUAAAAAUGUAAAGUAAAUAUGUAAAUUUAAAAAAAAUUAUAUACUUUGUCAAACACCAUUAAACACAUUAAUACUAAUGCCAUCAAUGCAACUCACCAGCCAGAGAUGAGAAGUAACGAAGUACAAAUACUUAAUUACUGUACAUAAGUAGAUUAUUUUUCUUGUAUCACUACUACUACUCAUUUUUUGGACAACUUUUAACUUUCACU